AUGGAGGGGAACAACCAAGCGGACCUUCUCAGUCAAGAGUGCAUACCAUAUCCAAAAAUAUUGGGAGAUAGCAAAGGAGGCGGAGUGCUCAUCUCAAAAGGAGGCAUUGCUAGGAGAAUUUGGCUAAGAAGGAAUACACUUAUCCAUGAAGGGUCUUUUUCUUCUCCAAAUGCGAUCGUCAAUAGUGCAGCAAAUGCAAUAGGAGAAUUUCACCAAGUACAGGAGCAGCAAUACACAGUUGCGACACAGGGGGUUUCUCCUUGCUUGAGUACGUGGUCGGCUCCUCCUCACGACUGGUUUAAAGCAAAUUGGGAUGCGGCUAUUGGAAAGCAAUCUGGCUGGGUUGGACUGGCAGCAGUUAUACGGGAUUCACAAGGUAAUAUGGUUGCAGCAAAAACUGUAACUCGAAAAGGCCUCAUUGAGCCAGUUGCUGCAGAAGCUUUGGCAGCUCUCAUGGCUGUUCAACUGUCCCGUGAAAUGGGUUUUUCACGUUUAUGGCUGGAGGGUGAUGCGAAGACAAUUGUUGAUGCCGUGAACUCGACCGAACCAGAUUGGAGCAGAAUCGGACACUUAGUGGAUGAUAUUCGGAUGGAAAUUCAGACUUUCACUAGCUGGAAAGUGGCUUACGUUAGAAGGGAGGCCAACCAUGUAGCACAUAUGUUGGCAAGGAUGGCCACGACACAGAUUAUGGAUAGAUUGUGGACUUUUGUACCACCUGAUUGUAUUGCUGAAACCAUUGUUUCAGAGCAAACUGCUCUGUCCGACUGA